UACGAGUCACGUUAUCCUUGUGUGGCUGUUCACGCCAAGUUGGAUUCACCAUUGUCGUGUUUACAAUUUUGAGUUGAGCUCAUGUUGUUUCUUCGGACUGCUGCUGUGCUCGUUAACCAGCGUCUGGCCGGUUUACGCUGCACCCCUGCCGGCUACACAAUCCUCAGAACCUCCGCUGCGUACAUCCAGGGUCAGAGCCCUGAACCAAGGAUCCGAGAGUACUUCUACUACAUUGACCACCAAGGGCAGUUGUUCCUGGAUGACACCAAAGUGAAGAAUUUUGUCACCUGUUUCAAAGACAAACAGUUCCUCGUCUUCUUCUUCAGUCGUCUGCGUUUAAACCAGAGCGGACGCUACGACAACGACUUCCCCUUCCUGUCUUUGUGUGGGAGAGAGAGGAACUUCCUGCGUUGUGAUGACCGACCAGUGGUCUUCACCCACCUGCUACAAGACGCCACCGCCGACCAGGACUUGCUGUCGUUCUGCGGCGGCGCAGAGAAGCUGACAGUUUCCUUCCAUCCUGAGGCGCUCUACAUGCAUCCGGCCAGCGGACGAGUUUACCACCCUUGCUCGGAGAGAACAGGCGGCGUCGGGCUGUUGAGGUCCGCCUUGGCUUUUGAACUCAGCCCGUUCUUUAUCUACGCUUCAGAGCGAGGUCAAUCAGGACCACCCACACACUUCCUAUGGAGGAAACAGCAGUACACCCUAACCAAUGAGCUGGCAGGGAGCUUUUCCACAGAAAUGUGAUGGUGUGCCAAAAUCUUGGCACCUUAGUGACUGUUAGGAACUGAAUUGCUAAUCAUCAAGGAAUAUUGAGCUUGGGAUAUAUCAUUUCAAACAUUCAUAUUAUCAUGAAGCUAAAAAUUGUGUUUUCAUAAACUUGGAUUACGAUUACUUGGAAACGUGUUGAUUAAUUGGAUGUGCCCCAUUGGCGCCUGCAAUGUUGACAAGGAAAUUAAAUAAACUUUAAAUGUUAUCAAAUGUUCCCCAUUUAUUUCCAAGACAAAAAAAAAAAUGAUUUGGAAAAUGCCAAAUGCUGUUUAUAUUGACAUUUUACACAACUGAGGAGUUGGCAUUAAUGCUAGCGCUAACACUCAAAUACUGUCUGCUCCAGCACUAAUGUAUGUGAUUACACUUGUUGCUUUGAUAUUUUAAUAAAAGA